AUGCACUUCUUAAGGUUAUCCAUCCUCACUGCUGCACUUGUCACAACGCCAGUUUGGGCCUCGGCCUCACAUCACACUUCAAACCACCCUCAAGAAGAACAUGCAAUUUUCAAAAUCACUUCCCAAACUCAUGAUAAGGCAACAAUUGUCGAAUUCUUGCAAGACGUAGCCAACAAAAUAGCUAUAUCACCAGCACACCUAAACCGGUUCCAUCAAUGGACUACCUCAUUAAGCUCAUCAUCCAACACCCUUACAAAAGAAGAUAAGCAAUGUCUUGACAAUACCAUCAUCAAGUUCUAUAUCCGAUCGUUGAAAUUGACUGACCACAUUUACGAAGCCAGUGAAUGCAGAAUCAAUUUGAACCCCAAAAUGCAAUCGAUACUCCAACCAACUCCAAACAUUCACAAUCUUUUGUUGAGGGAUAAUGAUAUGCUUGAGACGCAAUUGAAAUACGUCUUGAUGGAUGAGUUCAGUAGGUACCGGCAGUUUGAAAGUUACAGAUUCAACAAUUUCCAGCAUUUGAACUAUGACUUGUGUUGCAUUAUUGAUUAUCAACAGUUGAUGCAAGUUGAUUUGAUGGAGACCGUUGUGGAGGCAAGUUUGGAAAGGAAAAUACAUGUAAAUGAGGCGUGUGGGUUGAAUUCACUAAACCCAAACUUUAUUGGAACAUCCAUUGAUUACAUAACGACCCAUGUGCCAAUCAAUGGUACGUUUUAUUGCAAAAGGGGAAGAAGCUCAACUUGCAAUAGGGCCAUUGCCGAUUCUGCAAAUGCAAGGUACAAACUCCCCGAAUAUUAG